AUGUCUAACUUUUUCAAGAAACAACAGGACGGCAAUGCUGGCAACCGGAGAGGCGCAGGUUUCACCGGAAGUUCAGCCGCCGGCAAGACUGGGACAACUAACACAAAGGCCUCAAAGGUUGCCCCUCUCCCAGCGGUGUUGAAGCAGGAGAAGGUUGCUAAACAGCGUGACCAUCUUUUCGAGCCCACGCCUAGGAACUUCCGCAUCGGCGGUAAUGUUCGUCCUCGCGUGAAUCUGUCUCGUUACGUGAAAUGGCCUAAAUACGUACGUAUUCAGCGUCAACGCCGCGUGCUGCUUCAGCGUCUGAAGAUUCCACCAACAAUUAACCAAUUCAGCUACACCAUUGACAAGAGCCAGGCCCACCAGCUCUUGAAACUCCUGGGCAAGUACAAGCCGGAAACUCGCAAGGAAAAGUCUGCCCGUUUGUUGGCUGACGCUAAAGCCAUUGCUCAGGGUCAGGAGGUCGUGUCCAAGAAGCCUUACAUGUUGAAGAGUGGUUUGAGUCAUGUUACUAAUUUGGUCGAAUACAAGAAGGCUAAGCUGGUGGUUAUUGCCCAUGACGUGGACCCUCUUGAAUUGGUGAUGUGGCUCCCUACGUUGUGCCGCAAGAAGGAGGUACCUUACUGCAUCAUCAAGGGCAAGAGCAGACUGGGCAAGCUUGUGCACAAGAAGACUGCUGCUGUUGUUGCUAUUGACAACAUCCGCAAGGAGGAUCAGGCUGAGUUUGAUAGUAUGAUUAAGGCCUUUACAGCUAUGUUCAACGACAACGUAGAGUUGCGUCGCCGUUGGGGUGGUCAUCUCAUGGGUAUCAAAUCGCAGCGUCACGAGGCCAAGACCAAGGCUUUGAUCGCUUUGGAGAACGCUAAGAAGUUGGGUCUUGCGUUCGGGUGA